AUGUCGAUUCCGGUACCACAAGAAGCUGGAGCUCAUCCUGAUGCUUGGAGAAAAGCGAAUGAAGAAUUAAUGAAGGUGCAAGGCGGAGCAACGAAAAAGUCAACUGCAUCGUAUGGAGACAGCAAUACAGGUCAGAAUUCUUGGAUGAACAACCCGUUUCCGUACCCAAGUGCAAAUCCCCCAUCAGCUUAUGGUCAAUUCGGUGGCGGGUGGCAUCCGUCCACUUGGAACCCGUAUGUUCCGCCACCACCGCCACCACAGCAAGUACCAGCUACUGCUCAACCAGUUUAUAACCAAACUUCUUUUAAUUAUCCGUCGGGACAACAACAGAACUGGAAUAAUGGGUAUGGAAAGGGGCGUGGAGGUGGAUCCGGAGCUGGCGCUGGCAAUUGGAACCAGCAACAGAAACCACAGUUCCAGCCGUUUGCUUUGAACAGAAAAAACAAUGCCUCGGGAAUUCCACAUAUCAGUAACACGUUCGUACCUCAGGGCGGCUCAGGUCCACAGCCAUUAAUGGGAGCCGGGCGGGGCCGUGGAGCUCCAAUGCAACAGGCAGGAGGACCGAAGCCAACGCCACCAUCCGCCCAGAGGUACAUGAAUCGUGCUUUUGAAGCAGCAAACUCUGCCGAAGAUCGUCUUAAAACCCAAGAGUAUCUCGCGAAAAGAUUGCAACCUCUGUUGAAUGCAGGCAAUGCCCACAUGAUCAACUGGGACAUCGAACCGUUGCCUCAUGAAAAAAAUUUUGAGUUAACCACAGCGUGGACACCGGCUAAUAAGUUGCCACAUCAGGCGAACGGAUUUAAUAGAAAGAAAUCGCCACAGAGACGGCGUAGUGAUGAAUUCUCUAACGGCGGUGAUAGUGGUGGAAGCCAGAUGAAGCGGGCUCGUCGUGAUAGUGAUGGGGCGUCUUCUGAUUCUGACAAUAGCGAUCCACUUGAGAUAUUGCACUUUUCUUCCACAACACAGAAAAAAACAAAGGCUCAGAAAAAGGCAGAGAAGAGAGCGAGAAAGGCUGAUAAGAAACAGAAGCAGAAGCAACCAACUCCCCAGAAGGUGAAAGAACCAUGGAAGGCUAACGGAGCUGAUACACAAGCAAAGAAGGAUGAUCGAGCUCGUCGUUUCGCCGAAACUUUGCCAAAUGUUUCAAAACCGAUGGUCAGUAUUGUGCAACAAUAUUUCAGAAGAGGACAGGUCGUUCGCGGAACUUGCCAGAACAUUGAAAAAUCAUUCUUCAGAUUGACAGCUGCUCCAAUUCCAUCAGAGGUUCGCCCACUUGAGGUUUUGCGUCUUUCCCUUCAGAAUGUCCGUGACAAGUAUCGUGCUAAAGCAGAAUAUUCAUACCUGACAAGUCAGUUGAGAUCGAUCCGGCAAGAUUUGACUGUUCAGCGUAUUCGUGAUGAAUUCACUGUUGAGGUUUAUGAAAUAAAUGCCCGUAUAUCGCUGGAAAAUGCAGAUAGAGAAGAGUUCAACAAGUGUCAAUCACAGUUGAAACUUCUCUAUGCUGAAGUUGAGAAUUGUCCCAACCAAGCUGAGUUCGUUGCCUACAGACUGUUGUACUACAUUGCAAUGGAUAACAAAAUUGAUAUCAAUGCAUUGCUUCGUGAAUUAACACCUGAAUUGAAAGAAGACAAAUGUAUUGAUUUCGCGUUGAAUGUACGGAGGGCAGUGACCAUGAACAACUACAUUAAAUUUUUCAAACUUUUCAAAAGUGCUCCGAGAAUGUGCCCCUACAUAAUGGAUUUGUUCGUUGAUAGAGAAAGAAAGAAGGCUAUUGGAAUUAUCACCAAAGCUUAUCGACCCACUAUCACCUACAAACUGAUAUCAGAGUUUCUUAACAUGAAGGAGUAUGAUCUUGUAGAUUGGCUUGAAGAAGAAUUGAAAUGGACCGAUGUCGCAGUCGGUGGAGUAUUUGAUCCAAAAAUACCCAGAAACUUGUAA